AAAUUUUCUCGUGCUCGCGCUUGUGUUUGGACUGGACUGUUUGAGGAAAAUGAGUGGCAGAGAUGAGAACCAGUUGUUUAUCGGUCGGCUGCCCCGCGGUUCGCGGGCCAGCGAGCUGGAAGACGUGUUCUACAAGUACGGAAAGAUGACUCGAUGCGAUGUGAAGCAAGGUGAGCGGCAGAUUGUACGGCCGCCAUUUUUUUUGCUGCUGACUCAUUUAGUACCACCAUAUUUUCCGUGCAGGAAUAAAGAUGGGUAAGUGUGCGUUGCCUCUCUGAGUCGCUACAACAACGUUUGACGUUUACUGUCGUGUUUUUCAGCAUACGGUUUCAUCGAAUACGAAGACAAAAGAGAUGCGGAGGUGAGUGUUGAUUGUGAAUGAAUGUGUUCGAUUUUCUGCGUGUGGUUCUGUUGUUUAUGUGUGUUCUCCCUCUCCAAUUCACCCCGUCAAGAGCCACUGACCUUGUGUUGCCCGCCUAGCUACCUUGACUUGCCGAGUUCGUCGCUCCCUCCCUCCCUCUCUACCUCACUCCCUCCCUCCCUAUCUUCCCCGUUGAGCGUAACUGCCGGCUGUGUGGCCCCAUCCAACGACUAGCUACUCUAAGCAUGCACAACUUCCCGCUUCACUACCACAUUCCCACUGGCUCCAUUUAAUGCCCACCGCCAGCGACAUGUCCACGACUCUAUUUAAUGCCCACUGCCACCAGACUAGGCCCAGACACGUCGACUGCACAUGAUUGUUGCCAUGGUAAUCAAUCAAACAAAAAAGUUCUAACUACUAGACCGUGGAAGUGUUGGUGUGCUCUUAUUAGAGAAACACAUACAGUAACUCUUAGGGAAACCGUUCGUAUACCUGAGAAAGUUUGAAAAUUCUUUUUGUGAGUUUUACUUUUUUGCUUCAUAGGAUGCUCUAAGAGGGGAGCAUGGGAGAGAUUUCAACGGAGCACGUAUUGUGGUUGAGUGGGCUCGAGGCCCAAAAGACACUCCAGGCCCUCGAGGAGACCGGUUCAGAGACGACCACAGAGAUCGUUACAGAGAUGAUGACAGGGACAGGUUCAGGGAGCGAGACCGCGACUAUCGAAGAGAUGAUAGGCCGGGUCAGCAGCCACAUCACAGUCGCAGGAGGUCGUUUUCAAGGUCCCCGGACCGCGACCGCAGGAGAGAGCACUCCCGUUCCAGAUCUCGCUCUCCUGUGGGCAACCGACGCUCUCACAGCUGAAAUAUAACAUAUAUACUCCUUGACUCUUUAGCUAUAAUACACCCAUAAUCGAAUUCUGCUCAACACUCUAGAACUUCCUAAGGCUGAACUUGCUUUACAUACUAAACAAGCCAUGCAUACAGUAUCAGUAUUAAUUUUAUAAUGUUUGAAGAAUUAUAUGAGAAAUGGAACAGAUAAUUGCUUGAGGUGAUCCAUGAUACGUAUGACUUUGAUGAAACUUAAUGUUCACACAAUGUAGACUACCUACCCUCCACCUCCCCCUCCUGCUGCUGCCUGUCCUGCAUUCAACGUGAUGAGUAGGAAAGCCCCUAUCAAUAUGUACAUCCA